UGUUGAGGAGCCCAGUGCACACUGAGGCAGCCAUGCUGCUGACUGGGGAUACACUGGCGACCCUGGCCGUGGCCGUGGCCGUCUUCCUGCUCUUGGUGGACCAGAUGCACCAGCACUCACGUUGGGCCGCAUGCUACCCACCAGGUCCUAUGCCACUGCCUGGGCUGGGUAACCUGCUGCAGGUGAACUUCCAGGACCCACUUCUCAGCUUUAGCCAGCUGCGGCGCCGCUUCCGGGACGUGUUCAGCCUGCAGCAGGUCUGGACUCCCGUCGUCGUGCUCAACCGGCUGGCGCCUGUGCGAGAGGCGCUGGUGUACCGCAGCCAGGACAACUCCGACCGCCCACCUGCGACAGUUUACGAGCACCUGGGUUACGGGCCGCGCUCGGAGGGAGUGAUCCUGGCGCUCUAAGGGAAAGCCUGGCGCGAGGAGCGGCGCUUCUCCUGGUCCACCCUGCGCAACUUCGGCCUGGGCAAGAAGUCGUUGGAGCAGUGGGUGACCGAGGAGGCCUCGUGCCUCUGUGCCGCCUUCGCCGAUCAGGCCGGACGCCCCUUUAGCCCCAGCCUCCUGAAUAAAGCGGUGAGCAACGUGAUCGCCUCCUUGACCUUCGGGAGCCGCUUUGAGUACAACGACCUUCGCAUCCUCAAGCUGUUGGACAUAUUGGAGGGUGGACUGAAGGAGGAGGUUGGCUUCGUGCGCCAGGUGCUGGAAGCAAUCCCCGUGCUCCUGCGUAUCCCAGGGCUGGCUACCAAGGUCUUCCCGGGGCAGAGAGCCUUCAUGGUCCUGAUUGAUGAGCUGGUCAUCGAGCACAGGGUGACCCGGGACUGGGCCCAGCCACCCCGAGACCUGACUGACGCCUUCUUGGAUGAGGUGGAGGCCAAGGGGAACCCCGAGAGCAGCUUACGCCUGGUGGUGUCUGACCUCUUCUCUGCUGGGGUGAUCACCACCUCGGCCAUGCUGGCCUGGGCCCUCCUCCUCAUGAUCCUGCACCCAGAUGUGCAGCGAGAGCCUAGCCCAAGGGGCCAGCCCUUGGGUCUGACCACUAUGAGGAUGCUUGUUUUUCCAGGACAUGUCCAACAGGAAGUCGAUGAGGUGAUAGGGCAGGUGAGGCAACCAGAGAUGGGGGAUCAGGCCCUCAUACCCUUCACCAUGGCCGUGGUCCAUGAGGUACAGCGGUUUGGGGACAUCAUCGCACUGGGCCUGCCCCACAUGACAUCCCGUGACAUCGAAGUUCAGGGCUCCCUCAUCCCAAAGGGGACGACACUCAUCACCAACCUGUCAUCAGUGCUGAAGGACGAGACCAUCUGUAAGAAGCCCUCCCACUUCCACCCGGAGCACUUCCUGGAUGCCCAGGGCCGCUUCGUCAAGCAGGAGGCCUUCAUACCCUUCUCAGCAGGCCGCCGCUAGUGCCUUGAGCCCCUCGCCCGCAUGGAGUGCUUCCUCUUCUUCACCAGCCUCCUGCAGCACUUGAGCUUCUCAGUGCCCACUGGGCAGCCCUGCCCCAGUGGCCACGGUGUCUUUGCCUUCCUGGUGACCCCAUCCCCCUACCAGCUCUGUGCUCUGCCCUGCUAGAGGUGGGCACCAAGCCCCCAGCCCACUCCUCAGCAGUAGCCCUGAUGUACAAUAAACCAGUCUGGUGGCUCCAACCUGGCUUGAGUCCCACCUAGGGCCCCUGACCGGCCCCUUGGCGCUCAUGGGGCCUCAGCAGCCUCCCCAGAUCCAGCCCCUACCCCUGCCUGAUCCAUCCUUACCUGGCAUGUGACCCCAUUUGAGAGAUGGGUAUACCGAGGCUCAGAAGGUGACACCUUACCCCCUAGUCGCCCUUGGAGACCCAAUACUGGUUACUUGGGUUAGUGACAAAGUCUAUAAAUA